CUGCUCUUCAGUCUUAAAUGUUUCAGUCCAGCCAGUUUCUCAAUAAAUGACAUUAUAUAAAUGACAAUAAUUAUGAAAUAUUUACCAAUCUGAAUUAAGCAUCCGCAACGUCAAUGUGUAAAGAUGAAAUACUGUUAUGUUGAUGUUUUACAUGCACUGACAAAAUACCUUUUUGAGGUUUGAAAAUUAAAACGAAUGACGGAAUCAAACCUAGACCUUUACAAUGACGGAUGAAUGCUUUAAACCCAAGGUUACCAACAACACCCCAUUUAAAGGCAAACACUUUUAAACAGAUAUCCCAUGCUACACGUGAAAGAGCGUUUAACAACUAUAUCUGAACAGUGAUUCAGCAAAAGACAAACAAUUUACUGAAUAGAACAAUGAAACGUACUUAGCUGUUGAUUUUGCUUUUCUGAAACCGAACUCGACAGCUCUAUUUUUAUAUACCAGGUUAUAUUCAUUCUACCAUGACAUAAUUAGAACAGAAACACGAACUCUUGCGCAAUUGGUUAGAGAUAUGUCUACAGUCACAUAUGAUAUUUUUCACAGCUUCUCAGGUACAAUAAAACAUAGUGUAAUGGGGUCUAAAGGAGCGUCAAGCAGGUCUUUCUGCAACGAUUUCCAGGGGUUAUUUUAAGCUUACCAUCGCACUCAGCAGUAUUUAUAUGACUUCGAUAUGUAAAUGAUCCUGCCUUGACAAGACAAUCCAUAAUUGACAUUUUGAUCGAUCUAUCGAACUGGGAUAUGAUGGCAUGGGUCAACAAAUUCAGCAAACCUAACCACCCGAUUUUGUUAGUCGCCUCCUACGACAAAAAUGGGUCGCUGAAUUCUAAUCAGGAUCUCUAACGGUCUUCAAACAAAUAAAAUAGAGACGUUAAGGUCAGGGAUACAAGAUUCAAGUGAAGCUUUUGAUAUGGUAUGGUGUCGAGAAUAUCCCCAAUUUUCACCUCUACCACUCGUGUUUGCGGACUAUUUGUUCAGGUAAACAUGUAACAUACCUGUGUGUGUUUGUGACGGGUGCUGCCAUGGAGAAUGUUACGCUACGUUUCGUAAACACCUCGUAUCAUCAAUUAUUCAUUAUUAUUCAUGAACAUUUGUUGGUGGUAGUGUUGGAAUCCUAUUAUGGUAUAUGCUUUUGUGACACAUGAUAACAAAAGGGAUUGAAUGGAAGUUGCUAUGUUGCAUAUUUGUUACGAUUAUGGCAAUGUUUUUGUAACAUAUAAUUCUACAUGUUCCAUAGUCUGGUUCCAUGAUGAGCAAAAGUAAUAAUACAAAAUAUUCGUUUUGAAAAAACAAUUAUCUCCUGCUUUACUUCUAUGAUAUUUGUCAUAUUUCCGGGAAUGGAAUGCACAUUGGUAUAUGAUAUAUAUAUAUUUUCACAAUUACAGAUGGUUGUCAAGAGCAUAAAUGGAUUAAUGGAAUGUGAUCAUAAAACAAACCAGUUUUAAUAAAAAUGAUUUAGGUUUAUAGCCAGCUUGCAUUUGAUUUUUUGCGGAUGUAAAAUCUCCAGUUCAUAAAUUUAUGAGCAAUUUCAUAGCCUUCCUACCGUACAUAGUGAACGAUCUUUGCAUACUCUUAAUUUGCCGACGUUAUGUUUACAUUGUUGGGAAGGUAUCAUACUAGGGCAGUUGUGCGUUUUAUCAGCACACAGGGCCACCCAUUUUCAACUAAGACAUAUUUCCGUAUUAAUCCCCGUGUGGCACUUGUUGAUGAAAGAGUCUCCAUCAAAGUCAAUGAUCUUCGUCCACUACAGCGAGUGACUGUACGGACAUGCGUGGAAGAAGGAAAGGCUGUCUUCUGCUCAUGUGGCCAUUUUCAAGCUGACCAACAGGGACAAGUCGAUAUAGCUGAGCAUGCUUCAACUGGGGGAACAUACAAGGUAAGCCAUGAUAGCAUGGGACUCUUCUGGAGUAUGAAGCCUGUUCCAGGGAUUUCAAAGGAUCUACUUCUUAGAAAGGGAGAUGUGACGACACCUCUUGUCUUCAGACUGUCUGUAAUUGAUGGCCACAUUCCCCUUGAAGACCCGCAGCUGGCCACACCAGUAGUUCUAGCAACAGAGGAGCUAGAACGAUGGUACAAACACGAAGCUGUGAGAAGGACAGUCGUGCGAGAAGGUUCCCUAAGGGGAACUCUCUUCUUGCCUGAAGGGGAAGGUCCGUUUCCCGGGAUAAUAGACAUGUUUGGUUCCACUGGAGGGCUGACGGAGUUCCGUGCAGCUUUGUUGGCGUCCAGAGGUUUCGCUUCCUAUGCUCUUCCUUUCUUUGGACAUGACGAUCUCCCACCGUCAUUGGCUGACUUUGACUUUGACUACGUACUGGGUGCUGUAGACUGGUUUGCCUGUCAUCCAAGUGUACGGCAAGGAGGGAUCGGUGUAGUUGGUACCUCUAAGGGAGGUGAACUCGCCUUGCUGCUUGGCAUGGCCACAAAUAAGGUGAAUGUGCAUGGAAGAACAAUGCCAAGAUCCUGUAUUUGUGUGGCGAUGAUGAUGGCGUGUGGAUGGAUACAUACGCUGAAAACGUUCAUGGAGACCUGUCCUGAAGAGAAACGGAAGAACGUUGAACUUAUCAUCUAUUCAGGAGCAGGUCACCUUAUCGAACCACCAUACAUGCCCUUGUGUAGAGCAAGUUACCAUAACAAGCUAGGCAUGACGUUGGUGAUGGGAGGACAACUGGAAGGUCAUGCUGUAGCCCAAAGAAGACGCCUGGAAGAGACUGCUCCAAUUCUUCCAGAAACAUCUGUAGUAGACACCAAGACAGAUAAGCUACUGACAUACAGGGAUCAUGCCUACUGCAUGUUCUGAAUUCGUUCUUAUACAGUUAGCAGAACGAUGUGCCAUCUCCAAAUAUAUAUAGUACCAAAUGUUGUGCUGAUGAAAGGGGAUAAUUCUGCCAUGCCUGGGCUCAUCGGUUUAGUUUCUUCAAACAGCAUACAUGUACGUCAUAGACACCUCAGAUUGUUGUUCUGUAUGUCGGGAAUAACUUGUAUCCUUCGUACAAUAUUAUCGGACGAGUCCAUACUUAUACUAAUGAUUGUAUGUCAUUAUGUCAA